AUGGCUGAUACACUGUGUCACAGAGGAAUGAUACAUUAAUUACAGUGUGUGAUGGGAGUAUAGCGCUGCUGCGUAGGCCUUCAGCACAAGAGCUAGCACUCUACCUCCUCGUCUAUCUCUCUGCAGUGCGGGUGCCCCCGGGUUCCCCCUCCCUCAGCGACAAUGGCGGUCUUACACUUUUACUGCGCCAUCCCAGCGUCCAGCGAUUGUCUCCGUAUGUCCGGGUCUGAGAAUAUUCACAGUGUACAGAGAGAGCUCUGCUAUAAUGUCAGCUGGACAGAUGCCUCCUCGCCAUCCAGUGAGCAGAAGGACGCGUUGCGUUGGCUCUUCAGUUGCCCGUUUGACCAGAAGAGCAUCUCCGAUACCUCGUUCCUUCACCCCGAGCCCUCGGAUCUGCUCCUGGAAGUUGGACCAAGGUUGAAUUUUUCAACUCCAUCCUCCACCAACGCGGUGUCCAUAUGUCGCACCAUCGGCCUGACCAGCGUGGACAGGAUUGAGUGCUCAAAAAGAUAUUUAAUAAAGUUUCAGCAGGUACCGGAGGAAAGCCAGAGGCAGAAGCUCGCGGUUUCCUUGUAUGACCGGAUGACCGAGUGCGUCUACCCAGAGCCGGUGACCAGUUUUGACAUCUCUGUUCGGCCUGAGCAGGUCUAUGAGGUGGACGUGAUAAGAUGCGGGAGGGCGGCUCUGGAGACUGCAAACUCCGAGCUGGGUUUAGCCUUUGAUUCCUGGGACUUAGAUUAUUAUACUGCGCUAUUCCAACGUGUGGGCCGGAACCCGAGCAGCGUUGAGUGCUUUGAUCUAGCACAGUCUAAUAGUGAGCACAGCCGUCAUUGGUUCUUUAAGGGCAGACUGCUGAUAGACGGGCAGGAGAAGGGGCACUCACUGUUUGAUAUGAUCAUGAAGACUCAGGACACCAGCAACCCAAACAAUGUCAUCAAGUUCUGUGACAAUAGCAGCGCAAUCCAGGGAAAAGAGGUGACCAGUCUGAUCCCAGCUGACCCCUCUUGUGCUGGCCCCUAUCACCUGAAAAGCUCCACACGGCACCUUAUCUUCACCGCUGAGACCCACAACUUCCCUACGGGAGUGGCUCCGUUCAGUGGUGCCACCACUGGCACUGGAGGUCGUAUUCGUGAUGUACAGAGCACAGGGAAGGGCGCGCAUGUCAUUGCAGGAACCGCCGGGUAUUGCUUUGGCAACCUACACAUUCCAGGAUACUCUCUUCCUUGGGAGGAUACCUCCUUUCAGUAUCCGAACCAGUUUGCCCGGCCUCUGGAGGUAGCCAUUGAGGCCAGCAAUGGAGCCUCGGAUUAUGGAAACAAAUUUGGGGAGCCAGUGCUGGCAGGAUUUGCUCGGUCGUUUGGUCUGCGUCUGCCCUCGGGGGAAAGGAAGGAGUGGGUGAAGCCUAUUAUGUUUAGUGGUGGGAUCGGAUCUAUGGAACAUGUUCAUCGGACCAAGGAAGUCCCACAACCUGGAAUGUGUGUGGUGAAAGUCGGAGGUCCCGUCUAUAGGAUUGGAGUGGGGGGAGGUGCUGCAUCCUCCAUUCAAGUUCAGGGGGACAAUGCCAGUGACCUGGAUUUCGGAGCCGUACAACGAGGGGACGCCGAGAUGGAGCAAAAGAUGAACCGAGCUGUAAGGGCUUGUGUGGAAAGAGGGGAACAUAAUCCAAUCUGUAGCAUUCAUGACCAGGGAGCAGGUGGCAAUGGUAAUGUUCUUAAGGAGCUGAGUGAACCGCAAGGAGCCGUCAUCUAUACUCGAAAUUUCCAGUUAGGGGACCCCACCUUGAGUGUGCUGGAGAUUUGGGGUGCAGAGUACCAGGAAUCGAACGCUUUGCUCCUCCGCCCAAGUGACGCGGAAUUUCUGCGCUCUGUGUGCCGAAGAGAGAGGUCUCCUGUGGACUUUGUGGGCAAGAUCACAGGCGAUGGCAGAAUUGUGCUCAUAAAUGGAAGCGAGACGGAUCCUGUCCCCAAUCACAAGGACCGAAACUGUGUCCCGGUGGACCUAGAGCUGGAGUGGGUGUUGGGCAAGAUGCCACGUAAGGAGUUUGCUCUAAAUCGCGUUGCCGCAGAACUUCGACCUUUAACCCUCCCUGAUGACCUUACUGUCAGGCAAGCACUGGAGCGGGUUCUCAGGCUGCCAUCAGUGGGGAGCAAGCGAUACCUGACUAACAAGGUUGACCGCUCAGUCACUGGUCUUGUGGCCCAGCAGCAGUGCGUGGGGCCCCUUCACACCCCCUUGGCUGAUGUGGCAGUGAUCGCUUUGUCCUAUACUGACAUAGUGGGAGGAGCUACAGCAAUUGGGGAGCAGCCGAUUAAAGGUCUCUUGGACCCCAAAGCGGGGGCUCGGCUGGCAGUGGGCGAGGCCCUUACAAACCUCACGUUUGCCUUGGUGACUGACCUGAAGGAUGUCAAAUGCAGCGGCAACUGGAUGUGGGCAGCGAAGCUGCCUGGAGAAGGCGCUGCUCUGUAUGACGCCUGCGUGGCUAUGUGUGAUGUCAUGGCGCAGCUCGGUGUGGCCGUGGAUGGAGGAAAGGAUUCCCUCAGCAUGGCUGCCAGAGCCGGCCCAGAAACGGUGAAGGCCCCAGGGUCUCUGGUGAUCUCUGUGUAUGCAGUGUGCCCGGAUAUAACCGCCACAGUGACACCGGAUCUGAAGACCCCGGGACAGAAGGGUGUGCUCCUGUACGUUCCUCUCUGCCCUGGCCACCAUCGGUUGGGUGGAAGUGCUUUAGCUCAGUGCUAUUCACAGCUCGGGGACCAGCCUCCUGACUUGGAUGAUCCCCAGACGUUGGUGUCCUGCUUCCAGGUUACUCAGCAACUCCUCAAAGAGCGCUCCCUGAGUGCCGGACAUGAUGUGAGUGACGGAGGUCUCAUCACGUGUCUCCUGGAGAUGGCCUUUGCUGGGAACCGUGGGCUGGACGUUGACCUUCACUCGGCAGGCGCCAGCGCUCUGGAGCUGCUGUUCGCGGAGGAAUUGGGGCUGGUCUUAGAAGUCCCAGAAGCGACAUCUGAGCGGGUUGUGGAGCGAUAUCGAGCAUCUGGCCUACAAUGCGUGAGGAUCGGAAGUACGCAGGGGCAGGGACCCAGCUCCACGGUCCGGGUUUGUGUGAACGGCGAGGAGGUGAUCUGCGAGGAGGUGGGGAAACUGCGGGCUCUCUGGGAGGAGACAAGUUUCCAGCUGGAGCGUUUGCAAGCCAAUCCCAGCUGUGUGUCACAGGAGGAGGCGGGACUCAGUCGACGUAGAGGGCCGGACUAUAAGCUGACAUUUAACCCCUCUGAAAAGCUUCCUAUGCCAGCUUUGAUUGGCUCCGCCAGGCCACGCGUUGCUGUUGUGCGUGAAGAGGGAAGUAAUGGGGACAGGGAGAUGGCGGCCGCGUUGCUGAUGGCUGGAUUUGAGGUGUGGGAUGUCACCAUGGAGGACCUCCUUUCUGGAGGAACCACCCUGGACAUAUUCAGGGGUAUUGUAUUUGUCGGGGGAUUCAGCUACGCUGAUGUUUUAGGGUCUGCAAAAGGUUGGGCAGCGUCUGUGAAAUUCAACGCUGGUGUCCGUGCGCAGUUUGAAACUUUCCGACGCCGGGUUGACGCUUUCAGUCUGGGAAUCUGCAACGGCUGCCAGCUCAUGACUCUUCUUGGAUGGGUGGGAUCCGACAACCCAACAGAUACAGGUCAGUGUCCCCUCAGGCCCAGAGAUUGUGUUGUUGUGUGUCCUCCAUGCUCUCUGCUCAUACAGAACGUCCACCCUACAGGGAAAGCACCCACACAGGGGGUCCUGCUCAGCCACAACCUGUCCCGGCGCUUCGAGUCUCGCUUUGUCACCGUGAAGAUUGAAGAGAGUCCGUCUGUUCUGCUGCGCGGGAUGGCCGGGUCAUCGCUCGGCGUGUGGGUGGCACAUGGGGAAGGUUUCGUGCGGUUCCGGUCCGAGCAGGUCCAGGACUACGUGGUCUCCCACGGCUUGGCUCCUCUUCGUUAUGUUGAUGACCAGUGUGUGGCCACUGAGGAGUACCCUAUGAACCCCAACGGGUCUCCUCUGGGCAUCGCUGGGCUUUGCUCUGACGACGGGCGCCACCUGGCUAUGAUGCCCCACCCAGAGCGCUGCACGCUGACGUGGCAAUGGCCCUGGAUGCCUGAAGAGUGGCGCAAGUCCCUGGACGUUUCCCCCUGGAUGCGACUCUUUGAGAACGGCUACAAGUGGUGCUUGGAGAACGUUGUCAGUGACGUGUAGCCGGAGAGGCCCAGAUAAGGCCGGAGUGACUCCAUUCUGAAAGCAGAGUCCUCAGCUGUUAUUGGUGUCUGGCCUCUCGUAAUGAUGGCACAUCUGCUGUCCCCGGACACUCUGAAGGCUGAGCAUCAGUGGGGUCAUUAAUGGUGAUGUUGAAGUCACCAAUGAUUGGGGUGUGCAUGUCAGACGUCUGGAUAUAUGGGAUUCAGGAAGCAACAUGGUCAAUAUAUUAGAUACGGCUGGGGAAUGUUCUGUAAAUGAGUCAGGGGCCAAAAACAAAAGUCAGAUUGUCUGAACUGGGGAAGAGGAGAAGGAUAGAAGGAAUGAGGAUGUGGGGUGAGAGCAGGAGGCCUACAGGAUGAUAUGUCACCACGUCAUGGACCAUACACAAGGUGCAGUCCUGCAAAGUGUCCCCGUCCAUGUACCUGAGUAUAUUUGUGCAGAACAUACGACUGUGACAUUUCUGCGCUGCUGCACUUUCCUCGGGGUCGGCCAUCGUUAGUGCACAGUGCCUCGUUAUGCAUAUUUAUAGUGUGUUCUUUAUUCCAAAUGCAAUAAAUGUCUUCAUGAAAUAAA